GUAAAAUAAUAUUUGUUUUUAUCAAUGAAUUUCCAUUCAUUUGUUUGAUUCGUUUGACACUAAGUUGUUAUCAUUGUCUUCACUAUAAUCAUCACGAAUUAGAUCCCUGUCCACAUCGGCCAACAUCCAUGACCAACAUGUAGUCAUCCAAUGAGUGAACAAUGUCUGUGAUAAUCAAAAUGCGGACAAAGUGUUGACCAAUUCAUGGACACAAAGAUAUGUUUCAAAGUAAAGAGCAUUUGAUCCGAACCUCAGAUCCAUCUCUUUGGGGAUUCGCUGGACUCGACCUCAACGGUGACCACAGCGACAGAGUUGUGACCCGAAUCUGGAAGGCAUUGAACUCCAAGAUAUUCAAUGGUCUCAUCGUUGUGUUGGUAUUAAUCGACACUUUUGUCAUUAUAUCACAAAUACUCAUUGACUCGCAUUGGAUACAAGACCCGAAGUGGCGAUCGUUGAGUGACUGCACAAACACUACGAACUCAACCACUUCUGACACGAAUCCAUCGCUUCAAUUGAGUCCCACUCUCAUCACAGCCAGACAUCUAUUGUCUUAUAUCUCUUUGACUAUUAUAUCGUUUUUCUUCAUUGAAGUUUUGUUUCGCAUAUAUAGCGGAAAAUGCAAACUAUUUGGACAGCCGUUCGACUUAUUGGACGCAAUACUCGUUAACAUAAUCUUUAUAUUAAGUCUUGUCUUCUAUUUACAUGACUUUCACGACGAGAGUGGCGGCAAAGAGUUGUCACUCUUGUUAGUAGUGUUGCGUUUGUGGCGAAUCUUUCAGAUAAUUAAGUCAUUGAUAGAGGAA